AUGGAGCGCCACAAGCAGGCCGUGACCAAGAUCGCGGCCGCCGUCCGCAGCUUCUUCGACAAGCGCGAGUCGUACCGCAUCUUCCACGGCUCGACAAACAGCACGCGCCCGCGCCCGGGGCAAGCCGGCAUCGUCGACAUCAGCGCGCUCAAGAACGUGCUCUCGGUCGACCGCGCGACGCGCACCGCCCUCGUCGAGCCCAACGUGCCCAUGGACCGGCUCGUCGAGGCGACGCUGCCGCACGGCCUGGUGCCGCCCGUCGUCAUGGAGUUUCCCGGCAUCACCGCGGGCGGCGGCUACGCCGGCACCGCGGGCGAGAGCUCCUCGUUCCGCCACGGCUUCUUUGACGAGACCAUCAACUACGUCGAGAUGGUGCUGGGCAACGGCGAGGUCGUGCAGGCGUCGCGCGAGGAGCGCGCGGACCUGUUUCGCGGCGCGGCGGGCGCCGUCGGCACGCUCGGCGUCACGACGCUCAUGGAGCUCCGGCUCGUCGAGGCCCGCCGGUACGUGCAGACGACGUACCACCGCACGAGCUCCGUCGCCGAGGCCGUCGCCCGCGUGCGCGCCGAGACCGAGGACCCGGCCAACGACUACGUCGACGGCAUCCUCUUCUCCAAGGACCACGGCGUCGUCGUCACCGGCCGCAUGACCGACGACAUACCCGCCGGCCGCAAGCCGCAGACCUUUAGCCGCGCCCUCGACCCCUGGUUCUACCUGCACGCCCGCGACUGCACCAAGGCUCUUCCCUCUGCUGCCACGGUGGCCGGCGCCGCAGCCAGCGACGCCGUGGCCAGCAGCAGCCCCCAGACCUCCUUUACCGACUACGUGCCGCUCGCCGAGUACCUCUUCCGCUAUGACCGCGCCGGCUUCUGGGUCGGCGCCCAGGGCUGGACGUACUUCAAGGGGGUGCCGUUCAACAAGUGGACGCGCUGGUUCCUCGACGACUUCAUCCACACGCGCAUGAUGUACCGCGCUCUGCACGCCAGCGGCGAGUCGGCGCGCUUCGUCGUCCAGGACCUCUCCCUGCCGUACCCCAACGCCGAGGCCUUUGUCGACUACACGGCCGACAAGUUUGGCAUCUGGCCGCUGUGGCUGUGCCCGCUCAAGCCCUCCCAGCAGCCGACGUUUCACCCGCACACCGGCGUCACCGAGGAAGCUGCUGCCGCCAGCACCACCGACACCACGGCCACGAACGAGACCCAGCAGCUGGCACCGAUGCUCAACAUUGGCGUCUGGGGAUGGGGUCCCGCCGACUUUGAAGAGUUUGUCGACAAGAACCGCGAUCUCGAGGCCAAGCUGCAGGCGCUCGGCGGUCGCAAGUGGCUGUACGCGCACACGUACUACGACGAGGCGGCCUUUUGGGACAUUUACGACAAGCCCUGGUACACGGCGCUGCGGGAAAAGUAUGGCGCCACCACGUUGCCCACCGUCUACGACAAGGUCAAGAUUGACGUCGAGGCCAACCGUCGCAAGAGGCAGGAGACCAGGCAGUCGCUCAAGGGCAAGUGGCCCGUCGGUGGCCUGUACGGCAUCUGGAAGGCCAUUCAGAGCGGCGACUACCACUUGCAUAGACGGGCUGAGUGGAAGCAUAAGGAAAAGAAUUGA